UCUGGUUGCAGGAAGGAGCGCUGUUCUGUGCAGUCUGGGCGAGGACAACGAGGAGGAGAAGUGUAUCUGGCUGCUUUCAGGGGAGAGGCAGAGAGGAGCCUGCAGUUCUCCAGGGGGGGGGGGGGAGAGGGGGAUGCUCCUCUGCACCAGGCUGGCCGGCGCUGCAUUGCGCUGGCGCCUGCCUCCCCGCCACCCCCGGCAGCUGAGCGGAGCCGCGGCGCCCGACCUGCGGGCGUUCAUCGCCGGCAACACGGAGCCGGUGAGAGAGCACCUCACGCCGGAGAUGAGCCUGAGACUGCUCACUCCCCGCUGCCGCUUCUGGAGCCAGCCGGCCCACCUGUGGCCCUUCAGCGAUCCCUACUGGGCUAUCUACUGGCCGGGGGGCCAGGCACUCUCCAGAUACCUCCUGGAUUUCCCUGCGGUCACCAGGUCAAAGAGGGUGUUGGACGUGGGAAGUGGCUGUGGUGCCUCUGCCAUUGCAGCUUCCAUGAGUGGAGCAUCACACGUUCUUGCCAAUGACAUUGAUCCAGUUGCAGCAGUGUCCAUACAAAUGAACUGUGAACUUAACAAAAUACCACCACUACUUGUGGCAACAGAAAGUUUAGUUGGAAAGAUGGAAGAAAAAUGGGAUGUGAUUCUUUUAGGUGACAUGUUUUAUGAUGAAGAACUCGCUGCCAGUCUUCACAACUGGUUAACAGGAUACAAGCAGCUUCACGGAUCAGAGAUUCUGAUUGGGGAUCCAGGAAGAUCACAGUUCACACAUUAUGCUGCACAGAAUUGCCUGCAGAAGGUAAUUGAGUAUGAGCUUCCCGAGACGAGCAGACAGGAGAAUUAUGGACUGACAUCCAGCAGUGUGUGGAGAUUUUUGUCAUCAGACAUAACUGGGCAGGAGUGAGAAUCCUGGAUACCAAAAACACAAUACUCAUUUAAUUUAGUUGAAUGUACAACAGACCGGGGUAUGUUCUUUCUUUUCUGAUUCAACCCACUUAUGUUUUUUUUUUAGAAACUGCAGUGGGAUUUGAACUGCUUAUUCAGGACCGUACUAAGUACACUGUUGUAGCCUUCCUGACUCUUAAAAGCAAAUCAUUAAUCAGUCAAACCCAGCAACUGUCACAAAUUCAUUUGUACCAACAUUUAUUUGUACGUCACAGCACAACAUAAUGAGAACGGUACUAAUAUAUAUUACCAUGUGCUACACUGCACAUAUACAAAGAUUCUAUACUUUCUCUGUAAUUAGAUUGAAUUAAAUUAAACAUUUAAUUGAUAAUUACUUGGUCACAUAAAUUUCACUGUUAAAUGCUCACAGCAGUUGUUGCUAUUGUAUGAAAAUUACAGAACAUUGGUUGUUUAAUUAACAAAUAUUAAAUGGUAGCAAUGAAGUUAAUUCAGUAAAC